AAAUUCUAACAGAAUCAAUGCUGAAGGUCUGUUAUCAUUUCCAAAGAUGUAUACUGUAAAGCAUAAUUACACCGGAUCUUUUCUUUUCUUUUCUUGUCUUUUUUCUUUUCUUGAGAAUAUUUUACCUGUAAUUCCACCUCUGACCUGCGGGUGGCAGCAGAGCGCCGCCAAGCGUCAACGCUGCCACCAACCUCCACCACAGAAGAAGAACCCGGCGGUAGGAUAACCGAUGCAGGGAGAUGGGUCUACCUGAAUCUUGCUGACCUUUGAUUGGCCCCUCCAGCUGUCCGUCAACAUGCAGGGAUUCUACUCCAAGCUCGAUUCGUCCUCUUCCCCAUUGUUGCGGGUGGGUCUGGGCGUAGACGGCGGUCCGGUUCCCCUCAGCCUGGCGGUGGAGACGGAGAAAGCCCAGGCCCUCCUCCAGACCUUCAGCUCUGCCUCCCUGCUGGCCUCGGCAGGUCUGGGGAUGUUCUGCGUGGUGGCCGACCACGCCCUCCAGCUGUCCGUCAUCCAGCACAACCUGUGGCUGCGCGCUGCCUUGGACAACGCCACGCAUGGAUUGGUGGGUCUGUGGUCAUGGGCCGUCGUCAUUGGACUGAGGAAAAAGAGCGAUCUGUAUGAGGUGCUGCUGGCCGGACUUCUGGCAUCAAUCAUAGACCUGGACCACUUCUACAUGGCUGGAUCCCUGUCCCUGAAGGCUGCCGUCUCCCUCCCUCAGCGUCCUCCUCUCCACUGCUCGUCCCUCAUCCCGGUCAUCUGUCUCACCCUCCGCUUCCUCAUGUGGAUCGGACGCCUCAAAGACGCGUGGUGCUCGUUGCCAUGGAUGCUCUUCAUCUCCAUGGCGACGCACCACGUCCGGGAUGCCGUGCGCCACGGCCUGUGGGUGUGUCCGUUUGGCAACACGGCGCCGCUCCCCUAUUGGCUGUAUGUCAGCACCACGGCAACGCUGCCUCACCUGUGCUCAGUGCUGAUGUACCUGACGGGAACCAGAGACGUGAUCUCCACCAAACACGGGGUGGCCAUCGACGUGUAGAGGAGACACGAGGAGGAAAAACCUUCUUAGCUGUUUAAAAUGAUGCUCAAAUACUUGAAACCACCGGAGGAAACAUUUCUGAAGAAAAUUGUUGGAUUAUUUUAUUUCUUUGGUCAGAAAAGGAUGAAAAACUGUCCUAAACUGUCGUUAUGGAAACAGAAAACUCUUCUAAUCUAAAAAUGUGGGUUUUCAAGGAUGGAGACGUGUAAAAUAGAGAAUGACCUUUUAAACAUUCCGGUGUGAGUGUCAACCGUGGAUUGUUUCUGCUGUAACAUGGAUAUGUGUGAUUGUGUUGAUUUGUGUGGGAGUGACCCUUUAAAGCUUCAACAUGUCCAUCAGACCUUCCCUGCUGUCUGCUCAUCCACUAAACCCUGAACAGAUUCACAGACCCAACUACCACCAGUCAGCAUUUUACCAUCACUAUCCAGGAGAAACCAAAGGUCCACCACCGGCUGCAGGAUGCUGACAUGUUGUUAGAACCAGAACCAACAGUCUGAUGUCCUGCUGAGCAUUAAAGUAGUUAAAAGACAUCCAAUGCACAUGUAUAGCUUUUGUAAGGUUUUUUAAAGAUCACUGUCACAUUCCACAGAAGGACAGAUCAGUCACCACUAAAUGAAACCUCAUUCAGCUGCUUGGAGGAGCCUCCCAGUCUGGUUAACUAGAACUUUUCCUGUAGGAGACCCUGGUCUGUAUCAGGAUGUUCAAGCUGUGAUGAUGUUUAGAGGUAGAACCUUGACAUGGAUGCAGAGAACAGAGGAACAACCUGAUGUGUCUGCGGCUGUAAGGCUCACUGUGGUAAACAUGCUGAACAACACGGCUCACUAGCUGCUGUUUCUGGCCUCCUGCUGUUUUAUUUCAUAUUAGGGCUGCAACUAACGAUGAAUCGUCUGAGCACGAUACGUCAUCAAAAGUGGAAGUGAGCAUGCAAUGCAACAGAAAUCACCGUCUGAGUGGAGCGCAGAACACGGACGGACAUCCGCGGAUGUCUGUUCUGCGCUCCACUCAGACGGUGAUUUCUGUUGCAUUGCAUGCUCACUUCCACUUUUGAUGACGUAUCGUGCUCAGACGAUUCGUCGUUAGUGGCAGCCCGAUUUCUUAUCAGACAUAAAACUCAGUUAUUACAGGAGAAGCUAUGAUGAAUAUCCAGUGUUUAAUGUCAGUGUGAGGUUCACGAUGUCCAGAGAGACCUCUUUACUGGACACCAGACACAACAGAGAAAGGGAAACUGACCAGAAGCUCCAUGGUGGCAGUAAUAUAGUCAGACCACAUGUUCAUUUAAUGAAAUAUCAAAUGGAGAACAGUAAUGGCUAUAUAAUGUUCCAGAGCAGUUUUUCCUCCAUUAUUCUGCUGUACAGUUCAGUCUAUCUAUCUAUCUAUCUAUAGAUAGAAAGAUGGCUUUUGGGUCAUAGAAGCAUAAGGAUAUGGACUUUUUUAUUUUUAAUUAUUAAAAUGAAUUCCUUACAUGAAUAUUAUCCUCCACUUAGAGAAUAUGUGUAGAUGAAGUCAUUCCACUGUUUUAGAUGUAGAGUCAUUAACAGUAUUAUUUAUUAUUGUACGUUGUAAUCUAACGGGCUGUAGAAGUCUGAAUGUAAGUGCUACACAUUCUAGAAGAGAUGGAGGAGUCCUCAGAAAGCUCCUGAUGGUCUCUGCUGAUGCUUAAAGCAUCCACAACAAAUGUUUUAUUUUUAUUGUUUGUGAUUCGGGUUGUAGUGAAGGCUGCUGUCCACCAGGUGGCUGCUGUAGUUCCACUUUUAAUGAUGAUCUUUUAGUUUCCUGGUGACUGAAGAUGAGUCAGAGUUCAGAGUCGUGACUUUGAAAUGAGUAAGUGGAGGAUGAGGACGUUGAUGUGGCUCUAAUCAGGUCCUAGAUGACAAACUGUCCUGGUACAUAUGGGUUUCAUUUAAAAACUUUUUUUUUUUUGGUGUUUUUAAUUUAUAAAACUGUAUUUUUUGUUGUUGUUUUGGUAGUUUUAAUUUAUAAAACUAUCUUUUUUGGUUGUUUUGUUUAAUGCAUUCUGUGUUUUUUGCUUUGUUGCUGCUGCACUAUCAUCUGUAUCUGACCUACUGUAAAUAUGAAGGACUGUGGUUCAUGUUUUGCUGCAGAAGAUCCAGAAAAGGGAUGGAAAUGUCAGAAAAUGACUACAAUGCUGGAGUUUAAGUGAAGCUAAUUCAUGGUUUUCUAAUGACAACCACGUUCCAGAAAAACAGCUCCACCAGUUGUCUUUCCGCCUUGCCACACCCAGACUUUACACCGGUUAGCUGAAGGGUUCGGUGCUGAUGGAUGGAUUUAUCUGUCUGUCAUCCUCUUUUACUGCUGCUUUUAUCUACAUCGUGACUUUAAUUCAUGACAUAUGUUGAAUUUUGCACAUUUUAAGUUUUUUUAUAUCUUUUAAUUCUGUUUUGUGUUAAAUGUUUUUGUAUUGAACACUUUUUAUUUCUAAAGUCAGAAAGUAAACAUAGUAAUAAGGAUUUAA